CCUAAUCCCCUUUUCAUAUAUAUAAAUUCACAUUUGCCUUCCUUCUUCUUCUUCCCCAAACCUCUUUGAUUCUCUCACCUCCAAAUCCGCUCUCAGCUUUCAAGCUCUGUGUGCAUGGAAACCAACAAUUCUGGACGAUCAUCAUCGCUUCGUUGGUUCCGGUGUAGCUGUUUGAGAAACUGUUUCCGCUGCUACUGUUGUUGCUUUCGGGCCUAAGGUGUUGAUCAGUUUUUUCGAUUUCGGGUUUUGAUAUUUUUGUAAGAUUUUUGGGGGAAUUGUCUGUGGUUAUGGAUUUCUCCGGGGCUCAGCCGGGUCUGUUUCUAGGGCUGAACUCGCAUCAGAGUUCAAUUCCGACGAAUUGUAAUCAAUCCGUGCCGCUACAGCUGCUGAAGGAGGAGAAUAUUAGGGCUGAGAAUGGAGACGAGCGCGAGGAGGAGGAGGAGGAGGAAGAAGAAGAUGAGAGUGAGAGAUUCAAUCUCUUAGGGCACUCAAUUUGCCCCAAAAGGCCGAGGGACUUGUCGUCACCCUUCAAUCAGCCUCCUGCCAAGUGCGCGGCGGUUGAAUCGGAGGGGCUGGAGGCGCGGCGGGCCGCGGUGAGGGCUUGGGGGAACCAGCCGCUUGCGGUGGCGGACCCGGAGAUUCAUGAAAUGAUGGAGAAGGAGAGGCGUAGGCAGUUCAAAGGUAUCGAAUUGAUUGCUUCGGAGAAUUUCGUGUGCAGGGCUGUGAUGGAAGCUCUGGGCAGCCACUUGACGAAUAAGUAUUCGGAGGGGUUCCCCGGAGGGAGGUACUAUACUGGUAAUCAGCAUAUUGAUCAGAUUGAAUUGCUCUGCUGUGAGAGGGCAUUGGCUGCUUUUAGUCUCGAUCCUGAGAAAUGGGGGGUCAAUGUUCAGCCUUACUCUUGUACUUCGGCUAAUUUCGCUGUAUACACUGGUCUUUUGCUCCCAAAUGAACGGAUUAUGGGUUUGGAUUCUCCGUCCGGAGGACACAUGAGUCAUGGUUAUUAUACUCCUAGUGGGAAGAAGGUGUCUGCCGCAUCGAUUUUCUUUGACAGUCUUCCUUAUAAGGUGAACCCCCGCACGGGGCUCAUUGAUUAUGAUAAGCUUGAGGAGAAGGCGCUUGAUUAUCGCCCCAAGAUACUUAUUUGCGGCGGGAGUUCGUAUCCCCGGGAGUGGGAUUAUGCCAGGUUUAGGUAUAUUGCUGAUAAAUGCGGAGCUGUGCUGAUGUGUGACAUGGCUCAUAUCAGCGGCCUUAUAGCAGCCAAGGAGUGUGUUAGUCCUUUUGAUUAUUGUGAUAUUGUUACGUCAACAACACACAAAAGCCUCCGGGGUCCUAGGGGAGGUAUUAUAUUUUACCGGAAAGGUCCAAAAAGAAGGAAGCAAGGCAUGCAUCAAUCAAAUGGGGAUGGAAAUAACCUGUAUGAUUUUGAAGAAAAGAUAAAUUUCGCUGUUUUCCCAUCGCUACAGGGUGGUCCUCACAACAACCAUAUUGCUGCUCUUGCCAUAGCCUUAAAACAAGUGGCUACUCCAGAAUAUAAAGAAUACAUGAACCAGGUCAAGAAAAAUGCACAGUCCUUGGCAAAUGCUUUGUUAAGAAGAAAAUGCAGAUUGGUUACUGGGGGUACCGAUAAUCACUUGUUGCUUUGGGAUCUUACAGCUCUUGGUAUAACAGGGAAGAACUACGAAAAAGUUUGCGAGAUCUGCCAUAUUACUCUCAAUAAAAGUGCCAUAUUUGGUGAUAACGGAGCCUUUUCUCCUGGGGGAGUUAGAAUUGGUACCCCUGCUAUGACUUCACGAGGUUGUGUUGAGUCUGAUUUCGAGACAAUUGCCGACUUUCUUCUUAGGGCUGCCCAGAUUACUGUUGCUGUUAAGAGAGAACAUGGAAAAUAUCAGAAAGAAUCUCUCAAAGGUCUCCAGAACAAUAAAGAUAUUGUUGAACUUCGAAAUCGUGUUGAAACAUUUGCUUCCCAAUUUGAAAUGCCAGGAUAUGAUACUUGUUGAACAUGUCACAUCUCUAACGCAUCACACAUUUUUUGGUUUCAUUUGUUCUGUCGUUGAACUGAUCCCUUGUAAAUUACAGAGGAAUACUGAAUCUGUUACCAAUUUCCACAGGGUAGUAGUCUUUGCCAGAUCCUCCUCAACUAUUUCUCGAUGUUUUUUCUGUAUAAAUUAUAGAAAGCAAAAAUCUCUCUAUUUUAUUUAUUGGGAUAUCUGGAUUUAUAUAAAGCAGUCAUUAUGGGA